AUAGAUUUUUUUUAAAGCAAGAAACAUUCUAACUCUGCUGAGACAAAAUGAGUUCAGAGAGGGAAACGUUGAUGGAUGAAAUCGAAAAGAGUUUAUGGAAUUUAACUGAGGACAAUUUACGCGACCUGUGUGAACGUUGUGGAAUGGAUGGCUCUGAAAUUAAAGUUAUGAAUCAUCGCUUAUUAAGGCGUAAAGUCAUGGAGGAAAUGUGGGACAAUACGGAGUCAAUGAAAUCAGAGGAGCAGGGAAUGUCUUGGUUAGUCCAACUGAAAGACGACAUCAGGAGGAUACUGGAGGAUGGUAGCAGUGCACUCAUGAGUCCCAGCCAAGCCGAUGAUGAUGUAGACUGUGACGAAGAAUGGAACGAAGAGGGAGGAUCUAGGUUGCCUAGUAACAGACUGGAGGCAAAAUCUGAUCUAGAGAGGCACACACCAGAGCAGAGGGAGAGUGAUGUGACUACUUCCCAGUCAGAAAGUGUUUUUCUCAAACCACACUUGUGCACUACAUGCGGUAAGGGAUUCCAUCAGGCCGGCUGUCUUAAGAGACACCUGAGAACUCAUACGGGGGAGAAACCGUUCGUCUGCCCUCGUUGUGGGAGGGCUUGGAGUGAUUCUGGAAACUUAAAGAGACACAUGAGAAAAACUCACCCAGGAAAGGAGAUGGUUGUUAAGAUGCUCAACACACAGAGGAGUGACCCUACAGGAAGUAGGGAGGAAAUGAAUGUGGAUUCAAUUAAAUCGGAGGAGCAGGGAACGUCUUGGUCACUCCAGCUGAAACAGGAGGAUGCUUGUGGUGCCCCUGUGAGUCUCAGCCAGGCUCAUGCUGAUGAUGUAGACUGCAACGUUGAGGACAGAGAUUGGUUGCCUAGCAUCGGACUGAAGGCGGAGCCCAUGAGUCCCAGCCAAUCCGACGAUGACAUUGCAGACCGUAAAGAAGAAUGGAACGAAGCGGGAGGCACUACGUUGCCAAGCAACGGACUGGAGUGGGAGUCAGCUCAAGAGAGCCACAGUUGCGACAAGCCUCUCUGGCCCUCUUCCACCCUCCCAGAGUCCCCGGGGCGUGCCUCUCCCGGUAGCGCCUUAUUGUGCGGUCUGAAGAUGGUGUCUGUGCGUCUUGUCGACUGCAGGAAGACACCGGGGCAGAGUGGCCUUAAAAUACACAAGGCAACACAGACAGGAGAGAAAUCCCACAGCUCGUCUAAUGCUGAACAACACAAAACCCUCUCAGGAAACAGGCCUAGAUCCCAUAUCUGUGAUCACUGUGGGAAGAAUUUUACCACAGCAACCAAUCUGAAAAGACACUUACUGUAUCUGUCUGGAGAGAAACCAUACAUGUGCUCUGAAUGCGGAAAGAGAUUCACACAGGCCGGCAGUCUUAAGACACACCAGAGAACUCAUACGGGGGAGAAACCGUACAUCUGCACUCGUUGUGGGAAGGCUUGGAGUGAUUAUGGAAACUUAAAGAGACACAUGAGAAGGCAUACUGUUAAACAACACACAGUGAAACCUCACCACUGCUCGGAUUGUGGAAAACAAUUCAUUGUAAAAUCAAGCCUGAAACAUCACCGGCUAGUUUUUCACACAGAUCAUCCUCACCGUUGUGGUCAAUGUAAGAAGAGCUUCAUAACUGCAGAAAGACUGGAAUCACACAUGAAAACACAACACCCGCCAAGUGAUCCUCUGAAGAACCCACAUGUGUGCUCUGAAUGUGGUAAGGGAUUCCAUCAGGCUGGCUGUCUUAAGAGACACCUGAGAACUCAUACGGGGGAGAAACCGUUUGUCUGCCCUCGUUGUGGGAGGGCUUGGAGUGAUUCUGGAAACUUAAAGAGACACAUGAGAAAAACUCACCCAGGAGAAGAGAUGGUUGUUAAGAGGCUCGGCACUCAGAGGAGUGACCCUACAGGAAGUAGGGAGGAAAUGAAUGUGGAUUCAAUAAAAUCAGAGGAGCAGGGAAUGUCUCGGUCACUCCAGCUGAAAGAGGACAUCAGAAGGAUACUGGUGGAUGCUAGCGGUGCACCAAUGAGUCUCAACCAAGCCGAUGAUUAUUCUGAAGACUGUGACGAGGGAGGAAGAACUAGGUUGUCUAGCAACAGACUGGAGGCGAAAUCUGAUCUAGAGAGGCACACACCAGAGCAGAGGGAGAGUGAUGUGACUACUUCCCAGUCAGAAAGUGUUUUUCUCAAACCACACUUGUGCACUACAUGCGGUAAGGGGUUCAAAAAGGCCGGCUGUCUUAAGAGACACCAGAGAACUCAUACGGGAGAGAAACCGUUCGUCUGCCCUCGUUGUGGGAAGGCUUGGAGUGAUUCUGGAAACUUAAAGAGACACAUGAGAAAAACUCACCCAGGAAAGGAGAUGGUUGUUAAGAUGCUCAACACAGAGAGGAGUGACCCUACAGGAAGUAGGGAGGAAAUGAAUGUGCAUUCAAUUAAAUCGGAGGAGCAGGGAACAUCUUGGUCACUCCAGCUGAAACAGGAGGAUGCUUGUGGUGCCCCUGUGAGUCUCAGCCAGGCUCAUGCUGAUGAUGUAGACUGCAACGUUGAGGACAGAGAUUGGUUGCCUAGCAUCGGACUGAAGGCGGAGCCCAUGAGUCCCAGCCAAUCCGAUGAUGACGUUGCAGACCGCAAAGAAGAAUGUAACGAAGCGGGAGGUGCCCUUCAUUGUGGGAAGGCUUGGAGAGACACAUGAA